AUGAAGGUCUUUGCAAACGAAUGUACCUUCGAUUACUCCUGGGAGGAGGUGUCGACUGCAAAUUGGAGAAAGUACUGCCCAUGGAACGAAAAAUCUACCCACGUAAUCGCCGUCGACACUCUAUCGCGACAUGUUGAUCCUGCGACAGGAAUAUUACGCACUGAGCGUCUCAUAACCUGCAAACAAAGCGCCCCCAAAUGGGUGAACUCGCUUCUCGGAGGCCUCGACACCUCCUAUGUUUUCGAGACUUCCUACGUUGAUCCGGUGUCGAAAAAAGUCACCAUGACCUCGUCGAACAUGACAUUCUCAAAUAUCCUAAACGUACGAGAGACAGUUGUCUAUAAACCACUCGACGCUACUCGAACGCAGUUUGUACAAGACGCGAAGAUUACAGCUUUGUGUGGUGGAUGGCAGAAGGUUAAGAACGCCGUGGAGGAGGCCACCGUGACCAGAUUUUCCGAAAACGCCCGCAAAGGAAAGGAAGGGUUCGAGGCUGUUCUUGCGAUGAGCCGGAGAGUCUUCAGUGAAGAGAAACAGAAGGAGCAAGCCUCCGGCACGAUGACGGCAUAG